GCGGCUGAGAGCUGAGCUGGGGCGUGACGGGAAAGGCAGGCAGGCCUACGGCUUGCUUCAGGCAGAGUCCCUGGGAGUUGGGGCUCUGCUGGGGGCAGAGAAGAUCCCUGAAUCCAGAGAAAGGAGGGGGGCUCUGAGGAAUCCACUCUCCGGGUCUGUGCAUCUCUCCAUAACGCAGGGCUCAGACAUUAUGGAGCCCAGACCCACUCAGAGCUCUGCAGCCGCGGGCGGGGCACACGGCACAAUCUUUAUUAAACAGUUAACUGGCACGACGAGUGCCCUGGAUGUGUGUUGGGAUGACACCGGGGCGGAUCUGAAGAGGAAGCUGAUUGAAACUGGUAUUUUCGAUGGCCCUGUUUACCAGAUUAGACUGAUAUUUGGAGGCAGACAGCUGGAAGAUGCCGGGAGUCUGCGGCACCACGGGGUGACCAAUCAUGGCACUAUCGAAUUGGUGCUGCGCUUGCGCGGUGGUGGUGAUCUUCCAGUCCGCAACUUUCCUGCUGGAACUGCACAAGGCAGAGAGGAAGCCCAGCCACAUUCGUCAUCUCCAGACAAAGCAGAACUUGAGGAACAAACACGACAAGCAAGAAGAGCAGUGGCUUCGUUUCGAUACUCUGUCGUGUUAAAGGGAAAAUGCAACAGGUGUUUCGGAGUGAUCCUUCCAGAGGUAACGCCAGAGAUUGUUCCAGGCACAGAGGAGAACAAGACUGUCUACAGAGCUCGCAUCCCCAGCGCUGGCUCCUUCCACUGCUCCGAAACGGGGCUUGGCUUUGAGGUGAGCACAGCAGUGACCGUCGAGUAUGAAUACGGCUCCUGGGCGGAGAGUCUGAGCCCAUCUGCCAGGCAGGAGUGGAUGGUCGCCGGCCCCCUGUUCCACAUCAGGGCCGAGCCCAACACGGUGCGAGCCGUGCACCUCCCCCACUUCCUGUGCCUUGCAGACAGAGGAGAUUUAAGUUCAUGCAAAAUCGCCCAUUUUGAAGCUGGCCACAUGACCCUGGAAACUCCAGCGAGAAUCCAUGUCUUCCGUGUUGUCCUGGAGAAUCCCAGCUUCUCCCAGCUCGGCGUGCUUUGGAGAAAGAUACGUUCGACCAUAACGUUUAUUCCCAUCCAUUCCCUUGUGCUGAUCUACCGGGCACUCAGGGCUGCAGACAUAACUCUCCACCUCUACCUGAUACCCAAUGACCACUCACUCAGGAAGGCCAUUGAAGAAGAAGAAACGAAGUGGGAGUCAAAGCACAUUCCCAAACCUCCUCAGACCAAUGCGCUGUACUUUGGAUCUCAGUAUGAGGUGUCUGGUACAUCAGAGCUAAAGAUAACACCUGACCAACUGGAGCUCUGCUAUAGAAGUCCUGCAGACCAGCAGUCAUAUAUUGAGCUCUACAUGACGGAUAUGGAGAAGGAAAUCAAGCUUCACAUGAAAGACAGAAAAGAUGGGAAAUUGGUUUGGAAGACGUUUGUGAGGCCAGGGGACGUUAAAAUUCCUGCAGCAUCCUCCCAAACACUCACAGCUCGAGGCGUGUCCUUUGUGAAGCAGCACCGGGAGGAGCUCCGUAAUCGAAUGGGAGCGAUCUAUCCCAUCCUGGCGCGCUUACGGGACAUAGAGGCAAUGAACAGUGAUGAAGAGGAGGAGGUGCUUAGUAUGCGGAACAGACGAAAGGUGAUGAACGAUGCCUUACUGCAGCUGGUUGAAAGGAAAGGAGCUCAGGCCCAAGAAGAACUCUACCAGAGUCUCAAAGACACUGACCCUUACCUUGUACAGGACUUGGAGCAAUCCAGCUAGGGCCUGGAGAUCCCGCUAACAGCUACCUGUGCUCCUGCCACUGCCAGUCUGGGGUGUGAACAUAGUCUUACCUUUGUUACUUACGCAGCAACAUAAAGCUGGUUUGAUACGAGGAGCUUUUCAUCACUGUGUUCUUUAGGCCACCUCUACCUCACUCUUCCUUGGUCUCUCAGCAUUUCUUCUUGGGAUCUACCUGCUCUCAUCUUGUCCUACUGACAGUCUGGGGGAGCAGAUCCUUCUGUCCUCUACCCUCUAGACAAAAUAGGGGUCUUAGGCUCCUGGCCAUCAGUACCUUGUAGACCCCUUUGUGCAAGGUUUCUGCACGUUUUCUCCUCAGAGACAGAAGAACGGGUUGAAUCUUUCCAAACAUACAGCAGAUCUCUCAGUUGAACAAGCUGUAUUUGGAAUGAAAGAGAGGAACAUUUCUAAAUAAACAUAAAUCAUUUUUUCUCAUA